ACCAGUAUAAGGGGAUAGGAAGAAUUUGGAAGCAGUAGUGACCGAUUUUGAAAGAGAGAAUUUGAAGUUUGAAGAUUGAAGAUUGAAGAACACGAUGCCGUGCCUUAAUCUUUCCACUAACGUCAGCCUCGAAGGCGUGGAUACCUCCUCUAUUCUCUCCGAAGCUACCUCCGCCGUCGCCAAGCUCAUUGGCAAGCCUGAAUCCUAUGUGAUGAUUGUGCUGAAGGGCUCAAUUCCAAUCUCAUUUGGUGGGAAGGAGGACCCAGCAGCAUAUGGUGAGUUGGUCUCAAUUGGUGGCCUUAACCCUGAUGUGAACAAGAAGCUGAGUGCUGCAGUGGCUGCGAUUCUUGAGACCAAGUUGUCUGUGCCAAAAAAUCGUUUCUUCCUCAAAUUGUAUGACACCAAGGGUUCUAACUUUGGAUGGAAUGGAACUACCUUCUAAAAUCAUCUAUUAAAAACAAGAGAUUUAGGUGAACCCUCAUGGAGGUUAAUGUAUUUCAAACAGCUCCAUAUCUAAGAAUUGGUCACUUCACCUUCCUAAGACUGGUAAUUAAGACAUUAUAUAUAUAGUAUUUCCGUAUUCACUUAGGUGUGGCUGAAAAAACUUGUAUGCUUCUAUGGUAAUGGUAUGUGUCCUUGGAAAAACUUGUGUUGUGUUCCAUUGGCAUUAAAUCAAAUCAUGUUGACCACUC